AUGGUGGAUAGGAAUGGAUGGCACUUCACGAAUAAUGGUAAAUUCACAGUUAAAUCAGGAUAUCAAGUGGAGAGGAUCUAUCCGGAUAGGGAUCGAUUACCGCUAUUAAUUGGUCCUUCUGUUGAUGCUCUAAAGGCUUUUUGCUGGAAAAUACGGUGUCCACCAAAAAUCAAACAUUUUCUGUGGCAAUUGAUUUCAGGAUGUGUAGCAGUAAAGAAGAAUUUGCAGGCCCGAGGGAUGCAUGGGGAUAUAUGCUGUGCAAGAUGUGGAGCGGAAGAGGAAUCGAUUAAUCAUGUUUUCUUUGAGUGUCCUCCGGCUAUUCAGGUGUGGGCACUGUCAAAGAUUCCAACAAAUCAAGCUACUUUCCCGACAGGUUCUAUAUUUACAAAUAUGGAUCACCUAUUCUGGAGAGGUGUUCCACUGAUGGAGGAUCAUCAAUUUGCUUGGAUACUUUGGUACAUUUGGAAAGGAAGGAAUAAUAAGGUUUUUAGUAACUUGGAUAUAGAUCCGAGGGAAACUCUUAAAUUGGCUGAGACGGAAUCGACACUCUGGGCUGAUGCACAGUUACUAAAAGAUCAGAAGAGGGGGACAAAGACUCAGGUUACGCCUCUCCCGUCAAUUCCCGGUAGGUGGUGCUUUACAGAUGGAUCGUGGAAAGAGGGAGAUAGGUACUCUGGCCAGGGCUGGUUCAGUACUCUAGCUGGUUUUGAAGGUCUGAUGGGAGCAAGGAAUGUAAGAGCUUCCCUCUCGCCUCUACAUGCAGAGGUCGAAGCCUUACUAUGGGCAAUGGAAUAUAUCAAGAACUUGAAGGAGAGUUUUACACGAUCAGAGAUUGUACAUGUACCAAGGAUGCAAAAUACAAAGGCGGAUAGUCUAGCACGCAGCGUGAGAAAACAGCCGUCUUUCGUCAUCCACAUGGAUCAAUGUCUCCCAGGGUGGUUUACAGAGUCUAUAUGA